AUGAUAGUUGAAUAAUCUUCAUUGACUUAAUCACUCUCUUAAAUCAUUGCUUAAAUUCAACUAACUUUAUCUUCUUAAAAUUAAUCAGAAUUACUCACUCUCCUUAAAUAACUAUAAACAAAAAUUUUAGUUGAAAAAACUAUAUCUAUUUCCUUAAAUGAGUUCAACUUUAUUUUUAAACUUAUUGAAGAUUCUCCUUAAUACACUUCAGAUAUUUUAGAAACUAUUUUAUUGAUAAUUUAUGGUCUGACAUUUUCAAGUACUAUAGAAGAAUUUGAAAAUUUUCUCUAAUAAUCAUUAUUAUUAACCUAACUAAAUGGACUACUUUACAAUUGCUAAGAAUAUUCAUUAGAUUUUAUUGAUUUACUAUUCUUGAUACUUGAAAAUAUAGCUAGAAAAUCAAGUGCUUGUUUAAAUCACUUACUAUAAAAUAAUUUUUUGAUUAUUAUUAAAUGGAUGCUUGAGACUAUUGAAAUCUAAUAAAGCGAAAAAUGUAUAAUAAGUCUUUUAGGAUUUCUAUCAGUCUUUGUUGAUUAAAAUUUUAACAAACAAUAUAAAGAUUUGCAUUUAAUUAUGUUAAAUAUUAAUAAAUUAUGUAAAAUACUUUUAAAGAUCAAUUAUUUUUCUAUCGAUGAGUUAUUAAAUGAUUCUGAAAAUUUAGAAAAGCACGAAAUAAAAAUAAAUUUAAUUUCAAAAUUACUAAUUGUAUUAAAAUAUUAUACAGAUAAAUUAUAAUAAUAAGCAAAUAUUUACGAAUUUAAGCAUGCUUGGAAAGUUAUUUUAUUUAUAAAUUUUUCUGAUUGUUAGCUAGCAAUAUUUUAAAAAAUUACUGCUUAUAUAAUCUCAAUUUAAACUUAAAAUAAUGAAUUUUCGAUUCAAUAUAUAGUAAAAUAAAACAAAUAAAUUUUCGAAAAUCUAAUUACUUCUUUUAAUAAAUAGAAUAAUAGAUCUGGAGAUAUUGAAAAGAUAAGAAUGCACACUGCCAAUACCUUUAGGAAUAUUUUUUAGCAUUUAGACUAAGCAAAUAUUGCAAUAUAUGAAUAAAAUUUAAUUGAAUUAAUCGAAAAAGAAUGUAAUUUAUAAUUAUAUUAAUUAGAAUAGUCUUAAAUACUUUCUAUUUUUCUUGAAUGUCUUUAUAUAUUAACAUAAAAAUUGCCUAAUUUGAAAUAUCUUUAAUUAAUUGAAACAAAAUUGUAAUUUUGCUAUGAAUGUUAAUGUUGGUAAAGUUUAAAAUAUUUAAUGCUAAGUAAAAUUAUAUAAUUAGAAAUAUAGCUAUAGCUUUAAUAAGCCAAAAAGAUGAAAUGAAUUCAAUUAAAGAAUCUAAAAUUGGUUAUUAUAUUGAACUUUUGAGUUAAAGUGGAAGUAAAUAAAUUUAAUCUUUGGCUUGUAAAUUAUUAGAAUAAAUGUGA